AUGCGCGAUGGACUCGCGCAAGGCUCAAACUUCCAUAUCCUCGUCAUCGCCAUCAUCACCGUCCUCUACGCCGCCCUUCUCAUCGCCCUCGUCCUCUUCCUCAAUCUCCAGCUCGUCAACAUGUCCCUCGCAGGCAUGGACCGCGCGGAUAAUGACUCCGCCGUACAGGCGCUCGUAGUCCUGCGCAAUGUUCCGAUAAAUGGCCUCGAUGUAGGCCCGGGUCGCAUUGUAUUCGUGACAGUUGGCGAGCUUGUUGAGGGUCUCACCUAG